CUGUCGAAGCGAACUUGCCACAGCAAACAGACGCUACGACUGUGCGAGUUCCCCCGACGGUGCUCUCCCGGUGCAUGCGCGGGGGCAAGACCACAGUGCUGAUGCACGUCUUCGACGAGCUGAAAUAUGCAUCCAAGAACCCUAUGUUCAUAAGCUUUAAUGGGGACUCUCUAAUCGGGCAGCUCCAGAACGAAAGCGUCCUGGAUACAAUGCAGAGGGCGAUCGCCGCUGCAUUGCUGAAAGAGAAGCCCCAGAACAGAAGUGAGGCUGAGCGACUUCUUUGCAGGCAGGACGUCUUGGAGGAGUACCUGGAGAACAAGAAGGUUGGCGCGUUCCUGCGCGAGCAAUUCCUCGACCCUCCAGGCCGAUACCUGAUUUUCAGCACUCAUGUUCCAACCAGCGUGGGCCUGUCCCAUCUUUUGGGUCGGGGCUCAGGCAGCACUCGUACAGCAAAGGCUGUAGAGAUGCCCAGGUCGGAUAACAUGCAGCAACUCAGGAGCAUGCACCAACGCUGUGAGGCUUUGACUCCUUGCGAGGCCAUCUUCUAUGGACAAAUGCCAUCCCUAAUCUACUCUGUGAAGACGCACAGCUUCGACAUACUGGCACGUUUCCAGGCAAUAGACUGUGGGCAAGCAGCAGAAGCCUUGACCAAAUCUUUUCUCUCAGAAUUCUUCUCAGGUGUGCGGGGUCGAGACUUAGAUCCGAUACGAGCCUUCGAUAGCCUCACCGAAUCUCCAGCCAGCGGACAGAUUCGGUGGAUCCUUGCCUAUGUGGGCAAAAU